CUGCCACCAAUCAAAAGAAGGGGUACAUGGCUGUUACAGCUCAUUAUAUUGACAACUCGUGGGUGCUUAGGAGCCAUAUGCUUAGAUUUGCAUAUGUACCAGCACCUCAUACUGCUGAAAGGUUGGGGACAGUGUUGGUUAACUGUUUGCUCGACUGGAAUGUCGACAGUAAGGUAUCCACCAUUACCCUAGACAAUUGUAGCACUAAUGACUCUAUGAUUCGUGUCAUACAGUCAAAAUUAGUGUUACCUGACUUGAUAAGUGAAGGUGCUUUGAUACAUAUGAGGUGUGCUGCUCACAUCUUGAAUUUGAUUGUGAAAGAUGGUCUGGAUGUUGUUAAAGAGGGAAUUGAUAACAUUAGGAGCAGUGUUGUUUACUGGUCUGCUACCCCUAAAAGGCUAGAGUUCUUCCUUGAAACUGCAAAGCAGUUAAAAUUCACUUCUGAGAAACGACUUGUUAUGGAUUGCCCUACUCGGUGGAACUCCACCUUUAAAAUGCUAUCUGUUGCUAUUCCUUACAAGGAGGUUUUCACUAGACUGAAGCAACGUGAUGCUCAAUAUAAUUUCUUGCCAUCGAAUGAGCAGUGGCAAUUUGCUGCACUUGUUUGUGAGAAACUUAAAGUUUUUAGCUCU